GGAGCUCUGUACGCGGUAGGGGAGUCACCAAUUCACCACAUAGCGGCGCGUUCUGGGGCACUUCUUAGCGGAAAACAUCUGAUUCCAACACAUCUCUGAAAAAGCGGUGUUUGAGUCAACCUUCAUAGAGGAUAGGAGACGUGUCGACCGGUCUAGAUAGCUUUUGAAUAACAUUCAGAACACUGGAAGAGAAACCUCGAAUAUGAAGAAUUCUGUCUGGAGCGCUUGUUAACGGCACAUAACGGAGCAUGUGCUAGUACUGAGUCUCUUUGCUGAGUCGACCCCCUAGUCUGAACAAGGAGCUGCCAUCUGAUUUGGUUUACCUGUCCUGACUCCAGUAAGGCAAGCCCCUACCCCACCAUGUCUACUGAAAUGGAGAGUGUUGCACCCGUGGUCCCGGCUGCCCCCUCCAGCACCCCCGCCUCCACAACCAGCCCUCCCACCACACCCUCCACAGCACCAGCCAAGACCCCCUUUAAGAAAGAGAAGAAGAAAGCUCCAGAGAAGACUGAUGAGUACCUGCUGUCAAGGUUCCAGGGUGAUGGUGUGCGGUACAAGGCCAAGCUGAUCGGCAUCGACUAUGUUCCAGAGGCCCGAGGGGACAAGAUGAGCCAGGACUCCAUGAUGAAACUCAAGGGCAUGGCAAUAGCUUCUCGGUCCCAGGGCAAACACAAGCAAAGGAUCUGGGUCAACAUAUCCAUGUCAGGCAUCAAGCUCAUUGAUGAGAAAACAGGGGUGAUAGAACACGAGCACAUGGUGAAUAAGAUCUCAUUCAUCGCCAGAGACGUAACGGAUAACAGGGCCUUCGGCUACGUGUGUGGGGCCGAGGGACAGCACCAGUUCUUCGCCAUAAAGACUGGCCAGCAGGCAGAGCCCCUGGUCAUUGACCUAAAGGAUCUAUUCCAGGUCAUCUUCAACGUGAAGAAGUCAGAGGCUUCACAGAAGGGUGGGAGUACUAAUGCGGUAGCUGAGAAUGGUGGUGAUGCCUUGCUCAGUAUCGAUGGCCAGGCUGGCGCUGCCAAAGAGGUGCAACAGCUGGAUUUGUUUGGUGAUAUGUCCACCCCCCCAGACAUCCACUCUCCUACAGAGACUAGUGAUAUUCUAUUGCUGGAUCUGUCUGCCGAGGUUGACAGCAAUCAGAACUGUAUAAAGGGAAAUCCCUUCACCUCCUGUACACCUAACCCUUGGGGCACCCCCACAGAGAACCCCUUCUCCUCCACGUUUGACUUCUUUCCAACCCCAGACACGGACCCUUUUGGCAAUGACCCCCUUGCCCAAUCAGCACCCCCCCAUUCUCUGAUCUCAGCCCCCUCCACCAAUCACAACCAAGAAAGCUCUGUUAACUUCUUGGGUAGGCCAAUCAAGAGCGGAGUUGGUCUUACAGAAGACUCUGACAACUUCGGUCAGCAAUUGAGCGGGUUGUCCAAUAGGAACAUGAUCCUGGCUCUCAGUAAUGGCCAGUGGCCACUAGGUGGGGUGAUGACAGAAGAGAGCAGGGUUCCUGUCCAGAAUGGUUUGGGAUCUGUGCACUCACCACAGAACCCCUUUCUUGACGUUUCUGGGAAAAGUCCUCUCCUUUGUGGAUCGAACAUCACGUCAUUACAACUCCCUGCCCCUGUGGGUCCUAGCAAGGAUGGUUCGGUUGUGAUAAGCCCCCCUCCACAGAGCACUAAGACUGGACGAGGUCGGAGGAGUGCCAAGUCUCCUCCUGCCAAUGACCUGUUUGGGACCGACCCAUAUGCUGCUCUCAGUCAGCCUGACUGCUCAUCUGCCUCUGAUGACCUCUUCAACAGUCCGACCACCUCUCCCAUAGCAGCUCUGGGAGCAUUGCAGUUGGGUCCCCCUUCAGUCACCAUUCAUGGCACAACCACAUCACCGUGGGGAGUCCCAGCACCAGGACCUUCCAUGUUCACCAUGCCAGGAGGGGUAACACUCCACAACCCCCAGACCACCUUCCCCCAGCCAGCUGCCUUUGGUGCCCUUCCUAUACCCCCGGCCCCCUGGGGCCAGCAGGCUCCAUCCCCGUAUGGGGCCCAGCCGGUCACCCAGGCUUGGGGACAGCCUGCUCCUGCAGGGCCCAUGGUUGCACCUGGCUGGGGCCAGCCUCCCAUGGCUAACCCCUUCCAACCAGGCCCUUAUGCCAUGAUGGGAGGCCCUCCACAGGGUAUGCCACAAGGUCCACCCCGGCCACCACCCCGGCCCCCAAUCAAGGAGGCCCCAGCCAAGGUAGAACCCAGUGCCUUCACGGCUCUGGACCCCCUGGGAGGGGAGAAGGAGAAGAAGAGUGGGAAGGACAUGUUCAAGGACUUCCAGAUAGCCAAACCUCCAGCCAUCCCGGCCAGGAAGGGGGAGCAGGCUCCUGGAGCCGCCCCCAGCACUAAUGGGGAUGGCGCAUUUGCCCAGUACUUCUCCAGCAAAGUGGGCAUGCUCCAGGAGGUUGCGGAUCACGACGACUUUGAAAUUCAGAGUCAGAUUUCAGCGGUUGCCAAUGACUCACCCAAACCGGCCCCACGGCAAGCUGCUCCCAUGUCUUCUGCAGCGGCCCCCGUUCCAGGGCUCCUGGAUGCCUUUGCCCCAAAUCCAGCCCUGGCUCCAACAGCAGCAACAGGUCUCAACCAGAGCCUAUUUGAUGAUGCAUUUGGCACUGCAACUCCUAAUGCCUUUGGAGCACCACUCCUAGCAAUGAACACUCCUGUUGCCCAGGCCACUGGUGUCUCGGAUCCCUUCGGAGACCCCUUUGGAAACCCCUUUGCCUAAGUUACAUCCUGCCCAUCAGUUCCAGAUAAUAAGCAGCAAGGCUCUACGACCAAAUAAGAUCUUCAGAACCAGCUGCUACAACGAGCACAAGACAAUCUACAUGAUUGCGUCUUUUUGCCCCUGCCCCAAUGCACACACUAACUCCUCACCUGCCUUUUUUGAUGCCAGUUACUUAGCUUCCCCCAAACCACCUUCACUUUAAAGAUGCACUCCAGAAAUGUCAAACUUUUCCUGAUGGGAAAAACAAUAUCCCACAUUUGUAUACACUUAAGGGGGAGAAAUAAAGAUUUUCAGCAAAAUAGUUUUUGUUUGCAUUCAUCUUUAAAAAAAAAAAAAAAAAAUCUUCCUCGUAAGCCAAUUCAAGGAGUUGGUCUGUGCCUUUAAGUAAAGGUGAUGAAUGAGCUGGAGGACUUUGUCUUGCCCAAUCGGUGGUAGUAGUUUUUAGUUUCUGUUCCCAGCUCACUUAGCUUUUCAGUGCCACUGAAUGAAAUGUAUUCUAAUGAAAUUAUUCCCGAAAGGGAGGAACAUGGAAGGGAAGGCCCUACAAAUACUGUCUAUUAAUUAAACACAUUUCGUUCAUA